UACGAGUCGCAAUGCCAUACGCCAUUUAAUAUUCGUGCAGUCGUUUUCAUACUCAUAAAUACUUUUCCCAAGGAUCAAACAAGCUCUCAUCACACACACAGGGACGAGCUCAGUGUUUCUGGGACGAUCCUAAUCCUAGUUUAGUUUUGAAGCAACAGCCCUAGGUAAUAUUGUUUGGUCCAUUCAGUGAUGGAGGAUUCUGAAGGGAGCGUCUUGAACUCACCGGUUGAAGAAAACUUGGGUGCUAGUGAUCACUUGUCGAUUCUGAAAGGCUAUGGAGCAUUUGGGAUAUUGGGUGCUGUUAUUAUUGCCCUACUUGUGCCUGUGUUGCUGUCAACUGUGUUCCUGGGAAAGAAAAGGAAGCAACGAGGAGUUCCCGUGCAAGUUGGUGGCGAGGAAGGUUAUGCAAUGCGCAACAUUCGUGUUACUGACUUGAUUGAAACUCCUCAUAAAGAGGCGACAACUGUGCCAGCCUUGUUUGAGCAAUCUUGUGAAAAGUACGCACAGAAUCAGUUUCUUGGAACCAGGAAGUUGAUUGGAAGUGAAUUUGUCACAGCUAGCAAUGGCAAGAAGUUUGAGAAACUUCACUUAGGAGAUUAUGAAUGGCAAACUUACAGACAAGUCUUUGAUCGUGCUUGCAACUUUGCAUCUGGCCUUAUUAAGUUAGGUCAUAAUGUGGAUACCCGUGCUGCAAUUUUUGCUGACACCUGCGCAGAGUGGUUUAUAACCUUUCAGGGGUGCUUCCGGCAGAAUAUUACUGUUGUUACGAUCUAUUCUUCCCUAGGUGAGGAUGCCCUAAUCCACUCGCUUAAUGAGACUCAAGUAUCAACAUUGAUCUGUGAUUCAAAGCAGUUGAAAAAGCUGGCUUCCAUAAGCUCAAGGCUAAAUAGCAUAAAAAAUGUAAUUUAUUUUGAAGACGAGGGAAGUUCAGAUGCUAAAGAAUUUGAAAGUACUACCAAUUGGACAGUCAGAUCCAUUUCUGAAGUUGAGAAACUUGGACAAGAAAAUUCUGUUCAUCCACGUUUACCUUCUAAGAAUGACAUCGCUGUUAUCAUGUAUACGAGCGGCAGUACAGGUCUACCAAAGGGGGUCAUGAUAACUCACGGCAAUAUUGUAGCCACUACGGCAGCUGUUACGACACUGAUUCCAAGUCUGGGCAGCACUGAUGCAUACUUAGCAUACUUGCCCUUAGCUCAUGUUUUUGAAUUGGCCGCGGAGUCUGUGAUGAUGGCUUCAGGUGUUAAAGUUGGUUAUGGUUCAGCAUUGACUUUAACAGACACUUCAAAUAAAAUUAAGAAAGGAACCAAGGGAGAUGUUUCUAUGUUAAAGCCGACUCUCAUGACUACAGUUCCUGCUAUUAUAGAUCGUAUUCGUGAUGCAGUUUUUAAAAAGGUUGAGGAGAGAGGGGGGAUAGCGAAGAACCUUUUUGACAUUGGAUUUAAACGGCGACUGGCUGCUGUUGAAGGAAGCUGGUUUGGUGCUUGGGGUCUGGAAAAAUUGUUUUGGGAUAAUUUUGUCUUUAAAGUUAUACGUCUAGGGCUGGGAGGGCGCAUUCGCUUUAUGAUCUGUGGUGGAGCUCCUUUAUCUGCUGAUUCACAACGAUUCAUCAAUAUCUGCAUGGGUGCUCCAAUCGGGCAAGCAUAUGGCUUGACAGAAACAUUUGCUGGAGCUACGUUUUCUGAGUGGGAUGACACAGCAGUGGGCCGUGUUGGCCCACCAUUGCCUUGUUGCUACAUUAAGCUUGUUUCUUGGAAAGAAGGUGGAUACUUGGCAUCUGACAAGCCAAUGCCUCGUGGGGAGAUUGUAAUUGGGGGACCCUGUGUAACUGCUGGGUACUUUAAGAAUCAAGAAAAGACUGACGAGGUCUACAAGGUUGACGAGAAUGGCAUGCGCUGGUUUUAUACCGGUGACAUUGGAAUGUUUCAUUCUGAUGGAUGCCUUGAAAUUAUAGACAGGAAGAAGGAUAUCGUUAAACUCCAGCAUGGAGAAUACAUCUCCCUUGGAAAGGUUGAGGCGGCAUUGAUAAACAGUAAUUAUGUGGACAAUAUCAUGGUAUUUGCAGACCCCUUCCACAACUACUGUGUAGCUGUAGUUGUCCCUGUGCGUCAAGCCCUCGAGCAGUGGGCUCAGGGAGCUGGAAUCAAGUACAAUGAUUUUUCUGAGCUGUGUGGAAAAGCUGAAGCAGUUAGUGAGGUCCAGCAAUCCCUCUCCAAGGUAGCAAAAGAAGCUAAAUUGGACAAGUUUGAACUUCCUGGAAAGAUUUAUUUGGCGCCUGAUCCAUGGACACCUGAAUCCGGAUUGGUUACUGCUGCUCUCAAGAUCAAGAGGGAACAGAUCAAGUCCAAGUUCAAAAGUGAGAUUGAGAAGUUGUAUGGGUGAUCAAGUUUAUGUCUUCCUAGUUUAGCCAAGUCGUAUGGGUUUUGAGUUGUAUAAUUAGCACACCCACAAGGAUGAUUUCUAGGAUAAGAAAUCUCAAGCAUUUUUCAAUUACAGAUUCUACUGAUCUCUAAAUGUACCCGUAUUGUUUUGUUCUAAAGAUGUUUGCUUCCACUUAUAUCAUAUUGGUACAUUAUUUACUUUUUUACUUUUUAAAACUCA